GUUUUUACAUUUCCCAACAGGCUUUUCUCUCUUUCCUUCUGAGCUGUGCUUGUGGGAAGGUUGAAUAUCCUACAUUUGCAUAAUGGCUGCGCUUCGACCAUUAGUGAAGCACAAGAUCGUUAAAAAACGAGUAAAGAAGUUCAUACGCCACCAGUCUGAUCGCUAUGUUAAAAUCAAGCGUAAUUGGCGUAAACCAAGAGGUAUUGACAACCGAGCACGCAGGAGAUUCAAGGGUCAGAUCCUAAUGCCAAAUAUUGGUUAUGGUAGCAGUAAAAAGACUAAACAUAUGUUGCCCACGGGUUUUAAGAAAUUUCUUGUGCACAAUGUCCGUGAACUGGAAGUUCUGCUGAUGAGCAACCGAUCCUAUUGUGCAGAGAUUGCUCAUAAUGUGUCGUCCAAGAAUCGUAAAUCGAUUGUGGAACGCGCAGCUCAGCUAGCUAUCAAGAUCACCAAUCCAAAUGCCAGAUUGCGCAGCGAGGAGAAUGAAUAAACUGGUGCCCUUCCUGGACAAAUGUUUGUCUAAAAUAAUAAAAAAUGUAAAAACUAA